AUGGGGACAUGGAACCCCACAAUAACACCAGAGACACACCGAGAAACAGGGUCAGAGAGCGUAGAGGAAAAGAAACACGGUGAAACCGGCCAACCGAUGAACCACAACAAUAGCCCACACCCAAAACAAGGAACCAGACGUAACGAGACGCAGAAAACGCCACAGCCAAGGUGCUACAAUGCCCCAUUAACAUCCAAUAUGCUCACUAACAAAACUCCAACAAACGCCGUCAAGGGAGUCCAACUCCCAUGGACACCCCCCCCCGCUGAAGGUACGACCAGCAGAAAAGAGAACAAAGCAGCAGAGCCAGGGCCCCGCGCAAACACAGGCGGAAACGGGACGAGAAACGAGAGGUACCACAGAUCUGCAGCGAAGCGAUUCGACACCGUAAACAGCUUCCUACCUUUGACCUAUGCACAGGUCCUGUCCUCUCCUCCGCGACAGACAAAAGCACUCACUCAAGACAACAACCGCAUCAACAACCCCUCCCCAAAGGCGGAUGACCCGUUCAAAGACGCGCUCGCUGGCUCCUUAACACAAAAAGAAAAUGGACAUAACGAGAACACCCCCGAACCUGACUUGAGUCUAGAGUACGUCGACCCCGAAAGUCCUACACCUGCCCCCAAAGUCAACAAGAAAAACAACAACAUAAAAAGAAGAAGCGUGCCCAUGAACGGCAAAAGGGACCCCAAAGAGCGCCUAGAGCUGGGAGUAGGAAGCCCUAACGGUGACCAGAGGGAGGAUGGGGAUGAGAGUAUGCACUCUGCCUCACCAGUCACGAGGCAGGAGGCAAUGUACCAGUUGACCUCGCCCAGAGCCCCGACCCCCGCCCACCAACAGGCUCAAGCGCGUCGCUUCAAUACUGAUCCUCCAAGAACGGAAGGCAUGGAACACCGCUUUAGGUUCGCACCGCACCCACCGCGAGGGUGGUCAACUUCAAUCAACGGAGACAACAUGGGGGACCAAAACACCUUCACGACUGCAAAGGAGCAGCUAGAGAAAGAAAGGAGGGAGGAAAGAGCACUGGAGGAACAGAUACGCCGCAGUGAGUUUCUACUGGACCAGCCCCGCAUUGCACAGCUCCAGCCCCAAGUAGAGAGUAACCAGAACCAAGUGGAAAAUGAAGUUGGGGAACGGGCGAUCGACAGCGCCUUCCACGAUCCGAUCGGGGGCACAUUCCCUGAAGUCCACGGCCUCGACGAACAACGCUGCAAAGAACUCAUUCCCAAAGAACAGGUAGAAUACUACGACGACCAAGCCCUGAGAAUUGCAACCCAAGUGCUAUUGCUGCUAAGAAGCCACGACAACCCUAGUAUGUGCCCGACAGCGAGAGCCGCCGACGUACUAGCCAUAGUCAAGAAGGCACUGCCGGGACCAAGCAACUUCAUAAUCGGGUCCCCAAACUACCCCCUGAAGCCGAGAAGUGCGCAACACGUUCUGGUCCCUUGCAUAGGCACGAACUUUACCGAGGAGCAAGCCGCGGUACUGCUGGAGAGAAGGUACUGGGGAACGGACAAGACGUCAAUCUUCAUCCUUCCAUGGAAAGGCGCAAUGUCAGCCUAUCUCUUCUCCAUCAUGACCUUGAACGUUGAUCCAGACCACCCAAACAUGGAAAACCUCCCCGCCAUAUGGGUGACGAACGAGCUCAAGAAGAAGAAAGCACUGAUCGACUUCCUAAACAAGCAUGGUGAUAAUAUUCAUCUCAUUAGCGAGGACCGCGCAACAACCCGACCAGAUUGUAGUUAA